GACUGCGGCGCCGCCGCCCGGGCCCGGGAGUCUCUGGGCGACGACUGCGUGCUGCUCUCGCCGACGGGUCUGCAGCGACCGCCGGGCAUCGGCGCUACAGAGGCCAGUGGUGCGGCCCCGAGCGGAGGCAGCGCCGCGAGCUCCGAGGCCGAGUCGGCGCCGGGCGCGGCGCGCGCGCGGCCAGGCGCGCCCGCGGAGGCGGGCGCGGCGGCCUGGGCGCGCACGAGCACGGAGACCUCCGCCGGAGGAGCCAGCGACGCGAGCACGGAGGCCGAGCCCGCGGAGGGCGCGACGCACAACGUCCGCUGGCUCGGGGCGGCCGGCGCCGACGCGGUGAAGGCGAAGUACGGGCUGCUGGAGGCACAGGCUGCGGGCCGCCGCGGCGUCCGCGCGCCACUGGCGGGCCAGCCGGCGCGGCGCCCAGGGCCUGGCUGGGAGGCCGCGGCCGCCGGCCGCGCGCGGCUCUGGCUGCGCGGCCUGCCGCGGCGGCUCUGCCAGCCGGGCGAGCUGGAGGCCGUGCUCGGGGCGCACGGCUUCCUGGACGCG